AUGUGUGCUGAUAUUUCGCGAUCGUCGCGGUUCAGACCUGGGUACAGCCGAUAUGUGUACAAUCACAGAGUUGCUCAGAACGUGCCGUCGCCAUCGCCGUCUGACCCGACCAUCAAACGCAAGAAGUAUCGGUCAGAAUGCGAGCGCAAAGUGAGGACCGUCUACCGAGGAGGUGGAGGUGGUGGCGGGCACAGCGACCACGUGGAUGACCUGUGCGGUCGUGUUCGAAGAAAUCUGUAUGUGAAACGCAGCACGGUGUCCGAAACCGCACAGAACGGAUCGGGGGACCUAGAAUAUUACGUCGGCGAUGACUUCGUGCUUGAGGAACCAUUCAGUGAUAGCGGCGAUGAUACGUUCGUUCCGAAGGGCACCCAUCUGAGCCUUCCGUUGCCGAGGCGUCGCAUCCGCACAUUGUCAGGGAUGAUACCGCCCAUCGGUUAUUCACCGACUUGGGGCGGGCCCACGAUGUGUUUGCAGUGUCUCGAAUUUUUUGACGUGUCCAAGGCUACCGAAAGCUAUGUGGCACACCUGCUCCAAAAGCACAAGAUUGUCAUUUCGGAUAUCAAGCUAAUCGUCGACCUGAAGCGGUAAGU